CCCAGAACCAGCCGCGUCCUCGUCGAAGGUGGUCGGGACGGCCAUGCUCUCCAUUGUGCAUGCGCACCCCCUUUGUCGCUCUUUCAUAUGGAUCGCAUGCCUGACUCGCACUGACAAUGUACGUCCAUUGUGCCCAGAUGCAGUCCCGCCUGGAACGGCGCCUGGUCAGGACUUCGAGUCCCCGACCGGUCUGCGCUGUUCCCGGCUUCAUACCUCUUUGCGCGAUCACGCAAUGGAGACGCGUCCUAGGUCCUCUCAUGUCGCCUCAUUCCACGAGACGCGUCAACAACGCGUACACAGCGCGUUCGACGCGUCUGUCAAUAGGUGUCAAUCCGACGCGCCUUAAAAGAACCCGACUUUCCUGCUUUGCUUCACCUCACCUCGCUCUCAAAACGCUCUCCUCCUAAGCUCCAACACUAUGGCGCCCGCCUCCUUUGCUCCCAAGGCCACAAAGCUCGUCGACAAGGUCGCACAAGGUCUCACUGACGAGAACGACGGGUGGCGCUUUCGCUACGUCGGCGACGUCGACUGUCCCGAACACGAGGAGCCUUUGCUCAAGGACUCUAUCUCGCGCUUCGUUCUGUUCCCCAUCCAGUACCACGAGAUCUGGGCAAUGUACAAGAAAGAAGAGGCAUCCUUCUGGACCGCCGAAGAGAUGGACCUCUCCAAGGACCUCCACGACUGGGAGGAGCGCAUGAACGACAACGAGCGGCACUUCAUCUCCCACGUCCUCGCCUUCUUCGCCGCCUCCGACGGCAUCGUCAACGAGAACCUGCUCACGCGCUUCUGCGGCGAGGUCAAGGUCCCCGAGGCGCGCUGCUUCUACGGCUUCCAGAUCAUGAUGGAGAACGUGCACUCGGAGACGUACUCCCUCCUCAUCGACACGUACAUCCGCGACCCCGCGCAGCGCACCUUCCUCCUCAACGCCGUCGAGACGAUCCCGUGCGUGCGCAAGAAGGCGGAGUGGGCGCUGCGCUGGAUCGCGGAUCGGCGCUCGAGCUUUGCGAUUCGGCUGGUCGCGUUCUCGGCGGUGGAGGGGAUAUUCUUCUCGGGCAGCUUUGCGAGCAUCUUCUGGCUGAAGAAGCGGGGGCUGAUGCCGGGUUUGACGUUCUCUAACGAGCUCAUCACGCGCGACGAGGGCAUGCAUACCGACUUUGCCUGUCUGCUGCUCACCCACAUGCGCCGUCGCCCGCAUCCCGAGGUGAUUGAGAUGAUCAUCAAGGAGGCGGUAGCGAUUGAGAAGGAGUUCCUCACUGACGCCCUCCCCGUCUCCCUCAUUGGCAUGAACGCCGACCUCAUGUGCCAGUACAUCGAGUUCGUCGCCGACCGCCUCCUCGUUGCCCUAGGAAACGACAAGGUGUGGAACGCGACGAACCCCUUCGACUUCAUGGACAUGAUCUCGCUGCAGGGCAAGACCAACUUCUUCGAAAAGCGCGUCUCCGACUACAAGAUCGCCGCUGUUCGGAACGGCGCCGCCUCCGACGCGACCACCAACAAAGUCUUCCACGCCGACGAAGACUUCUAAACGCCGCCCGUCGACGAGGAAUUCCCAGUCAUCCCAACUCACUGUCUCCCAAACUCCCUGUCUCCUUUCUCAGUCAUGACCGCUCUAGACUUAUGCACAUCCCUCCUCACUGUAUUCCCUCCCUGGUCGAGACGAACGGACUAACAAACCGAAUGUAUCAGUAGCUAUCGUUCCGACCUAUGCAUAGACCACUAGAUUUGUAGAAGAAAUAUGCGUGCAGUACUUGCACAACGAAUAACACGCGCCCUUAGUUGACCUUU